AAUUUUCCUUGCAACUGAAUGGACUCUCACUGAUGGGAGUAGCUCCAUUAGAUCAAACUCUGCGCCGAGCACGAAAUGGUUAAGCUGUAACCUCUCUCCGUUAAUUAAUGAUAAAUGAACAUUUGUUUAGUUCAUCAUACAUGUGUAUGUACGGUGGCAGCACCGAGCAAAACACAGAGUUGUAAUGACAUUAAUGCUAACUUUUAAUUUGCUCCAAUGUGGGACAGAUAAUGUAUUACAAAGGUUAGGGCAAUUUUAAGUAUAACUUUUAAUAUGAUUAAAACAUAAAUGUACACAAACUAACCUAUGAAAUUCGGUGUUUUGAAACAUUAGAUAUACUCCUGUGUCGUAACGAUUAAAUCACUUAAAUUUACUUUUCUGAUUCGACAAACCUAAAAUUCUACGGUUUUAUUCACUAAACAAGAAUUUCUCAGAAGGAUCAGGAGGAUCAGAACUCACCAAGCAACGAAUAUUUGUUGUCCUUAUUAAAACGUGUUUGCGAAAGAGUAUGUUGAUUAGAAAACGUCCGCUAUUACAUCCUUUCCCAUAACCACAUGAUCCUCCGUGAAAACAAGGGAAACUGCACACUGCCGGCCAUAUCGUCCACGGAUGGCAGUACCCGGCAUGAUGGAUGAAAAUCGUUCGUCAUGUGAAAGCAAUUCCUCUGCAAAAGGACCAGGAAGUAUACAUAAUGACACGUUGCGAAAGCAGCAAAAAGUGCCAGGACUGCACUAUAGUACCCUGAACUCGCUUCAAAAUUGUGUUUCAUGGCACGAGAGCCAAACACACAAAAAUGCAGCGCAGGAGACGGGGAUGGGGUUUCAACAUCAUGAACUUAAAUGAUGAUGUAAAAGCGUCACAGGAGGAACAAGAUGUUUUGACCGUGUACCGUGGAUGUGUACCAAGCGCUUCUUUUAUUCUUCGUUAAUUUUCCUUAGAUUGCUUCAAUGCGGUCUCCAAGAGAGGAAUAAUUUGCGGUUGAUGACUUAAAGGUACUGCUGUGGAUAGUUGACUCUACCGUGUGCGGUUGGUUGAAAGCUUCCCGUCAGCAUCACUAGAAUACCGAAGUACGAUGGCUAGACCAGUGCGCCAGUGGAUGAGUUGCUCGUUGUUUUUUCAGACAUCGUUUGCAAUCCCCGGGUUGAUAGUAACCAUAUCCAACCGCACUAUUUGUCCGCGAGACAAGAUGGGUUGUUGGUACCCCAGUUUCAGUUGAUUAAUCAUUUUACUUUUCAUGUCGUUCACCCCUUUUCUGGUUCGCGCUGGACGAUAAACAAUAUACGCUUCACGUAAUUUCGGUAUCCUUUUAACGAAGGAUAAUCGUCCAGUGAUGUCUUUUCUGUUUGCGUGGGAUAGUCUUUUUUUACUUUGUUUUACUUCGUUUAUGCUCUCCGUUUCAGCGAAAUGAUGCAAAACAAAUGUUUUCCUUACCAAAAGAAAUAAUACCAUUUAAAUAGCAGAAAUCUUUGAGAAUAUAUCAACAAUCAUGAUAACAAAACAAAAUUCUAUUCUUAUAAUAAAAACAAUAAAGGCCAACUCAAACUUAACAGAGCUGAAUACAGAGUUGAGAUUGUAAAACGCUAGGAUCCGGUCAAUCAAAAACGUUUCUUUACAUAGGUGACAUGUGCUGUUGAAGAGGGUUUAGUGUGCUUUAUGAAGGCAGCAACGCUUGCAGGAGAAAGAAAUUUAUCUAAUCGAAGUUGUAGUCUACCUUCCCACCUCUAUAGGCUAUCUUCAUAACAUAAACAAACUGCUGACGCUUAAUACGAGGAAAAAGGGUGAAAUUGAGCUCACGUAGGGGGGGACUUUCUUAUCAGCUAACCAACAGUCCAACGGUAACAUUAAACGUUAACAAUCAUGGCUGUAUAUUUUCGAAAAUAUUUGCGCUAAUGGUUGGCACACUUCGUUUUAAUUAUUUGCUUCGAUAGAUGAAUCAUUAUUGCCAAAAAGUAUUAAGAAACCUGAAUUAUAUCAGGAUAAUAAACUUAGCAGAGGAGAGAUUUAAUGUUACUUGAUGUUACCAACAUACGACCUUAUGCUUUAUCAAAUGUUUAUCAAAUAAAUCACUGCCCAGAAGCACUCAAUUCUAGCACAUUUUUCGCAAACUUUCUACAAAUACAUACUCAUAUGCGUAGCACACCGCUAGAACCACGCUGUUAAAGCCUUAUCUUUAGUAUAUCGCUAACAGCUCUUGCUAGAACUCAGCGCAAACAGUGACAGACCGUAUUCACCGACGUACGUUCGUCGUAAGUUGCAGUUUGCUUUGUGAGCCGAAAUGGUCGAAAUGGUGCACGUAUUUGCGUGAAGUGGGCAAUCGGCUGUUGAUGUGAUUUCAAAUGACACACCUCCAGCGGCACCGGUUGGAGUCAGUGAGUGACCAUAGUGGCCCAUCCAGCUCGUCCAGCAAAUCAGAUAGCUCGGACGGUUCCGUCUCGGAGAUCUGCGAGGUAAUGCAGGACUGGUCCCUGGACGGUAGUGACCCCCAGUCACAUCCGAUGCAGCUGCACCACCCCAACAACCAUCAGCACCACCUUCUCCAUAAUCCGCAUCACCAUCAUCAUCACAACCAUCAUCGCCAUCAGCCACACCACCGUACUUCGAUUCUUUCGACUCACGACCAUCUCCAACAGUCACAGGAGCAGCAGCAGCAGCAUCAACAACAGCAACAUAUGGGCGGCAUGAUUUCGCCCAACUCGAGCUACACGCAGGAGGACGUGGACGAGCAGGAUGACGAUCUCGAGUACACCAAGCACGACCUCAUCAGUCUGGACAACGGCGUCAUCACCGACUACGAACGGGCCCAGGUCGAGAGCUUCUUCAGCGGACUCGGCACUGAGGUGUACGUUAGUUCAUCGUUGGCCAAUCUGUACGAGCGUGUCGGUAAGGAGGACUGGCGCUUGGUGUUUACUGGCAUUCCUGUGCUGCUACACGACAAGGGCAGCACACGGUCACGCUGCACACCGAGGGUGUCGUUCGUUUUAGCCGAGCGUGGUACGUGCUUUGCCCUCUGGAAGGAUACCAUCGACAACCUGUCCGACUAUAAGGUGGCAGCGGCAGCCUUCCACACGAUGUGUCUAUCAGCAGAUCAUCGAAAAGUGAUCGGUUUCAGCUUCGACUCAAAUCAGGCAGCCCGUGAAAUGUGGGUGCGGGUGGAGGAGUUGACCAGCAAUCCGGAAAACAUUGCCCUGUCGGCGCCGGGCAGAAAACGCAAAACCCAGAAGCGCGCCAAACCGAUCGUGCUGCCACCGAAAUCACAAAUCUCGCAACCUUGCCAGUUCAAUCAUGUUACCAGCGUUACGACCAGUGACACGCAGCGUUACUUCAGUCUCCAGGCAUUCGUUUCCGCUCCGGUCAAGCAUCGCAGUCCAUAAAGCAGCUGAAUGGUGAGACAGAACACAGUUUGGGAGCAAGCUGAACGAUCCUUUGAGCCGUUACUCGUAAUGAAUGACGUAACAUACGUAAUGAAAUUCGAAAACUGAUCUAAGACACGAACAGUAAAUGUGAACCCGAUCAGCAUCAACAGGAAGUAGGAGUUUAUUUUCAAACUCACACAUAUUCAAGCCAUUUUAUUUUCCGUUUCUCAACACUUAUCUUCAUGCGUUUCACUUGUAGGAACGGAGUGCAAUCAAGGAUAUAGCUUUUAUCCCAUAUGCACAAUCGUGUCUAAUGAGCAUAAGUAGGGCGAUUGCAUGACAUUCAAUUACAUCUCAAUAGUUCACAUCGUUUCGAAGAAAAUAAAUAAAAUAUCGUGUGGAGAGAUAGGGUAUAAAACAUUUCCUAAUCAAAACUUAAGCAACUCUCUUCCCUCAAAAACCAUUUAGGUUAUUUAUUCAAUUAUCGAUGGUUUUAUCUAUAUUAGACAUUAGAUUCACACCUCUUUAUGUAACACAUGAAUGAAUACACAAACACACGUAUACAUAGUUCAACAGCUGCAAAGCUAUUGGAAUAAUAUAGCGCCAGUGCUAAAAUAGAAAAACACAACUAGACUGGAGUGCCACAUUUCGUAGAUGCUUAAGAACAGGUUAGAUUUAAGGAAUUGCAUCAAGAAUACGAAUGGUUGCUGUAUAGAAAAUAGGUACAGCAACUAUCAUCGUAUACGUCGGUGUCGGAUUGAAAGUUUGGUCAGUUGAAUAAAAAUGUAUGUCUGUGAUAAACGAAACUAAAACACACGAGACAUGAUCGUACAAUGUGAGCUCUGGUCGAAACGAUCAGUAGAAAAUGAAGGGGGGGGGGGGGGAAUUGGAAUGAACAAUGAUGAGCAAAUGUUAGCUGUUUUAUAAGUUAGAUGAAAUUUCUCAUUUCCCAUCAUCAGUUCAAACAUAAAGUCUACUCAAACACACAUUAAACUAGCUGGUACUUUCGCUCCUUGCCACAGCGUCGAUCCCACCUGAAGGAAUAAUGUUAAGUGUACAAUCGGCGUUGUGUUUGAUUAUUUAGUUCCCAUCCAAGCAGUCCUACAGAAAAGUCAAGCGUAUACAGGUAUUCCCCGAUAUACACCAUACCCGAUAUACGCAAUUUCGCUAUACGCUAUUUUCUUAAUUUGACAGCUCUUUGAGAAAAUUGUACUAAUUUGUCACAUACAAAAUACAAAUCAAAUACAAAAAAAAUCUCUUUUGGUCGAAUUUUAAAUACCAAAGUUUUAAAAGGUAUAAAAUUGUAGUCUUCAGUUAAAAUCAUAUCAAAUAACUAAUUUAGUGGCCAAAAACCUCCCACUUCUAGCAAAAUUAUACGAAAAUUAGCUAUAAUUUGACUGAAAACCUCGAAAUUCGACAUACGCUAAUAUUCGAGAAACGCUAUUGCCUCCGCUAUUCCGCAUAAUUUGCGUAUAUCGGAGAAUACCUGUACUGAUUACCGUCUUUAAUAACAAUGAUGUUUUCAAAAAUAAUUUGUACACAAAGAAAACGCUUAGAGCAAAGAUGGACUUGAUAUGAACAUUCUCAACAUCAAAACGAUUGUGGUAGCGAGGUUGAUGCUUUCUAUUGAUAAAUAUAUUUGAUAGGAUGACGAGUAAUAGUUCUCUGACUCUGCUGUAAAUAUUUGCAAACAACCGUAUGUGUAGUUUGAAAAUAAAAAACUUAAAUUUUAUCAAA